CAGUGCUGGGAUGACUAUGGAGACCCAAAUGUCUCAGAAUGUAUGUCCCAGAAACCUGUGGCUGCUUCAAUCAUUGACAGUUUUGCUGCUGCUGGCUUCUGCAGACAGUCAAGCUGCAGCUCCCCCAAAGGCUGUGCUGAAACUCGAGCCCCCGUGGAUCAACGUGCUCCAGGACGACUCUGUGACUCUGACAUGCCGGGGGGCUCACAGCCCUGAGAGCGACUCCACUCAGUGGUUCCACAAUGGGAAUCUCAUCCUCACCCACACGCAGCCCAGCUACAGGUUCAAGGCCAACAACAAUGACAGUGGGGAGUACAGGUGCCAGACUGGCCAGACCAGCCUCAGCGACCCUGUGCAUCUUACUGUGCUUUCCGAGUGGCUGGUGCUCCAGACCCCUCACCUGGAGUUCCAAGAGGGAGAAACCAUCGUGCUGAGGUGCCACAGCUGGAAGGACAAGCCUCUGGCCAAGGUCACAUUCUUCCAGAAUGGAAAAUCCAAGAAAUUUUCCUAUUCGGAUCCCAACUUCUCCAUCCCACAAGCAAACCACAGUCACGGUGGUGAUUACCACUGCACAGGAAACAUAGGCCACACGCUGUUCUCAUCUAAGCCUGUGACCAUCACUGUCCAAGCGCCCAGCUCUUCACCAAUGGGGAUCAUUGUGGCUGUGGUCACUGGGAUUGCUGUAGCGGCCAUUGUUGCUGCUGUAGUGGCCUUGAUCUACUGCAGGAAAAAGAGGAUUUCAGCUCUCCCAGGAAACCCUGAGUGCAGGGAAAUGGGAGAGACCCUCCCUGAGAAACCAGCCAAUUCCACUGAUCCUGUGAAGGCUGCCCAAUUUGAGCCACCUGGACGUCAAAUGAUUGCCAUCAGAAAGAGACAACUUGAAGAAACCAACAAUGACUAUGAAACAGCUGAUGGCGGCUACAUGACUCUCAACCCCAGGGCACCUACUGACGAUGAUAAAAACAUCUACCUGACUCUUCCUCCCAAUGACCAUGUCAACAGUAAUAAUUAAAGAGUAAUGUUAUGCCAUGUGGUCACACUCUCAGCUUGCUGAGUGGAUGACAAAAAGAGGGGAAUUGUUAAAGGAAAAUUUAAAUGGAGACUGGAAAAAUUCCUGAGCAAACAAAACCACCUGGCUCUUAGAAAUAGCUUUAACUUUGCUUAAACUACAAACACAAGCAAAACUUCACUGGGGUCAUACUACAUACAAGCACAAGCAAAACUUAACUUGGAUCGUUUCUGGUAAAUUCUUAUGUUAGAAAUAAGACAACCCCAGCCAAUCAUAGGCAGCCUACUAACAUAUAAUUAUGUGACUAGGGACUUUCUAACAAGAUACCUACCCCCAAAAAACAAUUAUGUAAUUGAAAACCAAUCAAUUGUCUUUAUUUUGCUUCCACAUUUUCCCAAUAAAUACUUGCCUAUGACAUUUUGCCACUGGAACACUAAACUUCAUGAAUUGUGCCUCAGAUUUUUCCUUUAACCUUUUUUUUUUUUUUUUUUUUUUUGAGACAGAGUCUCAAUCUGUUACCCAGGCUGGAGGGCAGUGGUGCUAUCUUGGCUCACUGCAAACCCGCCUCUCAGGUUUAAGCGAUUCUCAUGCCUCAGCCUCCCAGUAGCUGGGAUUACAGGCAUGUGCCAUCAUGCCCAGCUAAUUUUUGUAUUUUUUAUUUAUUUUUUGGUAGAGACGGGGUUUCGCAAUGUUGGCCAGGCUGAUCUCGAACUUCUGGCCUCAAGUGAUCUGCCUGCCUUGGCCUCCCAAAGUGCUGGGAUGACCAGCAUCAGCCCCCAUGCCCGGCCUCUUUGACAUCUUCUUUCCUAUGCCCUCUCUGUGGAUCCCUACUGCUGGUUUCUGCCUUCUCCAUGCUGAGAACAAAAUCACCUAUUCACCGCUUAUGCAGUCGGAAGCUCCAGAAGAACAAAGAGCCCAAUUACCAGAACCACAUUAAGUCUCCAUUGUUUUGCCUUGGGAUUUGAGAAGAGAAUUAGAGAGGUGAGGAUCUGGUAUUUCCUGGACUAAAUUCCCCUUGGGGAAGACAAAGGGAUGCUGCAGUUCCAAAAGAGAAGGACUCUUCCAGAGUCAUCUACCUGAGUCCCGAAGCUCCCUGUCCUGAAAGCCACAGACAAUAUGGUCCCAAAUGACUGACUGCACCUUCUAUGCCUCAGCCCUUCUUGACAUCAAGAAUCUUCUGUUCCACAACCACACAGCCAAUACAAUUAAUCAAACCACUGUUAUUAACAGAUGUAGCAACAUGAGAAAUGCUUAUGUUACAGGUUACAUGAGAACAAUCAUGUAAGUCUAUAUGACUUCAGAAAUGUUAAAAUAGACUAACCUCUAACAACAAAUUAAAAGUGAUUGUUUCAAGGUGA